AUGUGUAAGAAGGGUUGCAGGCUUGUCGCUGUGAGCAGCUUGAGAGCUUUGUGUUGUGAAGCUAAGGAAAUUCUUACAAAAGAGUCAAAUGUGCAAGAGGUACGUUGCCCCGUCACCGUCUGUGGGGAUGUCCACGGUCAAUUCCAUGACCUUAUGGAACUCUUUAGAAUCGGUGGGAAGUCACCGGACACAAAUUACCUGUUCAUGGGAGACUACGUGGACAGAGGCUAUUACUCGGUGGAAACAGUGACCCUUCUAGUAGCGUUGAAGGUGCGUUACCCAGAGCGCAUUACAAUACUGAGGGGCAACCACGAGAGCAGACAGAUCACACAGGUGUACGGCUUCUACGACGAGUGCCUGCGGAAGUACGGCAACGCCAACGUCUGGAAGUACUUCACAGACCUCUUCGACUACCUGCCGCUCACAGCUCUGGUAGAUGGCCAGAUAUUCUGUCUCCACGGUGGCCUCUCUCCAUCCAUAGAUACACUGGAUCAUAUCAGAGCCCUGGACCGCCUGCAGGAAGUUCCUCACGAGGGUCCUAUGUGUGAUCUGCUAUGGUCGGAUCCAGAUGAUCGUGGCGGCUGGGGUAUAUCUCCACGUGGUGCUGGCUACACGUUUGGGCAAGACAUUUCCGAAACAUUUAACCAUGCCAAUGGUCUCACACUAGUCUCCCGUGCUCACCAACUUGUCAUGGAGGGUUAUAAUUGGUGCCACGACCGAAAUGUGGUGACCAUUUUCAGCGCGCCCAAUUACUGCUACCGCUGUGGGAACCAGGCUGCUAUCAUGGAACUAGACGACACUUUAAAAUAUUCCUUCCUCCAGUUUGACCCAGCACCUCGUCGUGGAGAGCCUCACGUUACGCGUCGCACCCCAGACUACUUCCUAUAAACCUCUCCUAACCUUUGUAGAAGGAAAAACACCUGGCAUUUUAAAAGAGCAACAAUAUUUACACGUUUCUGUGAGAAAUCAGGGUUCGUCUCAACUUCAAAUCCCCGUCAUGGACCAAAAUGUGCCAUACAGAGGACGAAGAGCAUUUAGCACAACUUGAGACUGAAUUCCUUAAAACA